UCUUCCCAAGCAGAUGUUGACUGCAAUAGAACCGCUGUUUCUUUAAUGAAACGGUGGUCGAAAAUUCAAAAAGCUGUGAGCAAAUUUUGUGGUUUUCUUGCCCAAGUAGAAAGAAGGCAAAAAAGUGGAACCGGAGAAAAGGAGAAGAUGGCCGAGGCUAAACGUAUGUUUAGUAUUGAUGAACGUAAUAAGUCAUUCAUGUUUGAAUCUUGCUGGGAAAUAUUGCGCCACAGUUGUAAGUGGGAUGAAAUAAUGACACCAUCGCAAAAACCUACGGUCCAAACAGCAACUUCUUCAAAUCCUUCCACUGGUACUCCAACAUCCCUUGAAUCUGAGCUAGAUUUGGACCAACAACCUUCAAGAGAGGGAGUAAACCGACCAAGUGGUAUAAAAGCCGCUCUCGAAUCACGAAGGAAGAAGGUGAUUGAUGAUGUUAAGUUUGAUCAAAUGGCAGCAAACCAGAGUCAAAUAAUAAAUGUCUUGACUGGUAUCUCCUCGCGAGGUAUUGAACGAGAGCAACAAAAAGCUGUUGAUCGUCAAAAGAAGGCCGAGGAUAGGGAGGCACGGCGGUACUACUUGGCAGAAAGGAAUGAAAGGGAGCAAAGGAAGGAGGAUCAUAUCAUAAUGUCAAUGGACAUGUCAAACUUAACUCCUAUGCAGAGAGCUUACUAUGAGCAGCGUCAACAACAAAUCAUUGCUCGAACUGGGAUGCUUUAAGUUUAUCUUUCUAUUUUAUGGUGUUUGAGUAUUGGCAUG